AUGAAGGUCUUCGCCGCGCAGCUUGCUUUGGCCACAUUGGCAGUAGCCAGCUGGACCCAGAACAUCAACUACCGUUCUCCAUCCGAGCACCAUCCAGGACUCGGCAUCUCGUUGCACAAGGUCAACAAGCGUAACACACCUGAUCGCAAAUUCAAUGCGUCUCAGCUGUCCUUCACACAUGGCGUAGCCAGUGGUGAUCCCUACCCGAAUUCCGUCAUCCUGUGGACACGAGCAGCCCCGGUCGAAUACACCAACCACAGCGUCGACUCCAACACCACUGUCUCUGGCUAUGUUCCGUUGUACUGGCAUGGGCCUACGCAGGUCUCCACGGCACCUGUCUGCGUUGAGUUCAAGGUCUCGAGAACAAAGGACUUCAAGCGCGUCGAGAGCAAGGGCACUGCGUACACCUCUAGCGACAUUGACUUCACCGUCAAGGUCGAAGCUAAGAACCUGACUGCCUUCACUCGCUACUAUUAUCAGUUCAACAUCUGUGGAAGCAACAACACAAGUCCCCUCGGACGCACCAAGACCACACCUUACCCCACCGACUACGCCGCCAAGGUCGGCUUGGCAAUUUACAGCUGCAGCAACUUCCCGUUCGGCUACUUCAAUGCCUACGGUAACCCGGUCCGCAAAGACAGUGUCGACUACGUUAUCCACCUCGGAGACUACAUCUACGAGUAUGCUGGCAAUGGUGACUAUGGCUAUGGAAAUGGCAUCAACCGCGUUCCGCAACCUGCGCAUAUCAUCUACACCCUCUACGAUUACCGCCAACGUCUAGCCAACUACCGUACUGACCAGGAUCUACUUUAUUCGCAUGCUACUUACCCAUGGAUCCCCGUGUGGGAUGACCACGAAGUGGCCGACAACACCUACCGUGAUGGCGCCUCAGAGCUCAACAACACCGAGGCCUCCUUCGUUGCCGACGGCGGUGUAUCUGUUGACCAACGCAAGAUGAACGCGGUUCGUGCGUACUUCGAAUGGAUGCCGAUCCGUCAAGUUGAGAUGGACGACAACCUCCGGAUCUGGCGAAGCUUCCAGAUCGGCUCGCUCUUCGAUCUGAUCAUGCUCGACACUCGCCAGUACGACCGCUCUAUCACCGACCUCUACUGGAACACCGAGUACAUUGAUGGCAUUGCCAACGAUGCUGGUCGAAGCAUGAUGGGUUCUCGCCAGGAGAACUGGUUCUACAACCAACUUAGUGCAUCUGCGAACCGUGGUGCACGCUGGCGAGUGAUUGGGUCUCAGACUGUGUUCUCACGCGUGAACGAGUCUGUUGCGUAUGGCAAUGUCUCCCCGUUCGACGUGGACGCUUGGGAUGGCUACCUCUCGAACCGCAACCGUACCCUCAGCCACCUCACCAACAACAACAUCGGCAACAACAUCGUGAUUUCCGGUGACAGCCACGCGUCAUGGGUUUCGGAUCUCGUCUGGCUGGGCAACUCCAACUACAGCAGCAGCGCUGGUAACGGUGCUCUGGGUGUAGAGUUUGCUGGAUCAGCCGUUACGUCGCCGUGCCCCUACGGACAGAACAUCACCAUUGCCGCAGCGAACAACUUUUCCCGAGCACUCACCAACGCCAACGAGGAGCUCCAAUGGCAAGAUCUGUACUACCGUGGGUACUUUGAGCUACAGAUCGGCUACGACGAGGUCAAUGCAUCCUUCUUCGGUAUCCCAAACAUCAAGAACGCCAAUGCGGAUGAGAUCUCGCUCGCCAACUUUACUGUCAAGAGCGGCGAGAACAGGCUGCAGAGGCCGGUGGGUGGCGGCAUUGUCGAGAGUGGUAGCUUGAAGGGCGGUCUGGUCACCCAAACCAACAUCACCAACAACACUGCAACCGGACAGUACCGUGUCACCGGCGCCAAGCUGUAA